CUGGAAGCCCCCGACAUAUAUCCGCGGUGGAUGGCAAACUGCCCCGGAUUGUUCAGUUCAGUUCAGUCGUCAUCCGAUCCGACGACGUAAGCUCGAGUCGGCGUGUGCAUCCCCGAUUCUAUCACGCCGUAUCAUCACGUCACCGUUGCCAGCAACAGCGAAGGUAACCGAACUUGUAAUAAGGUACCAUGGACAUCGAAGAAUUCCGCGCACGCGGCAAGGAGAUGGUGGACUACAUCUGUGAGUUCAUGAGCAAUAUCCAUACCAGGAGAGUCACACCGGAUGUCGGUCCUGGCUACCUCAGGCCUCUGCUGCCAUCGGGACCGCCGAAUGAUCCGGAAUCUUGGGAUGAGAUCAUGAAGGACGUGGAAUCGAAGAUUAUGCCGGGCAUCACGCAUUGGCAGCAUCCAAGGUUCCACGCCUACUUCCCGGCCGGAAAUUCCUUUCCCUCUAUUCUUGGUGAUAUGUUAUCUGAUGCGAUAGGCUGCAUUGGAUUUUCUUGGGCGGCCAGUCCCGCUUGCACAGAACUGGAAACGAUAGUCUGCGAUUGGUUCGGCAAGGCGAUCGGACUGCCUACGGAUUUCUUAUACUUUAGCGAAGGCAGCAAGGGCGGAGGUGUUAUAGAGGGUUCAGCAUCGGAAUGCAUUCUCGUGUGCAUGCUGGCUGCUCGGGCACAAGCAAUUGCGAGGCUCAAGGAAUCUCCUGCAUAUGCACACUUGGACGAGACCGCGCUGCUCGGCAAGCUGAUGGCAUAUUGCAGCCGGGAAAGUCAUAGCUCCGUCGAGAAGGACGCAAUGAUAUGCUUCGUAAAGCUGCGUAUUCUCCAGCCCGACGAGAAGAGCGUACUUCGCGGGGAGACCUUGCGACAGGCGAUCGAGAGUGACACAGCUGCAGGCUAUGUUCCCUUUUUCGUCUCGACGACUCUCGGCACAACCGCCUGCUGUUCGUUCGAUAAUCUUAAGGAAAUAGGGCCGGUUUGUAAAAAAUAUCCAGGGAUCUGGCUACACGUGGAUGCUGCUUAUGCCGGAAACGCUUUCAUCUGUCCAGAAUUGAAAUACCUGAUGACCGGCGUUGAAUACGCCGACUCCUUCAACACUAACACCAACAAAUUCUUACUGACAAAUUUCGAUUGCUCCUGCCUCUGGGUUCGCGACCGAUUUAAGCUUACCAGCGCACUCGUCGUGGAUCCGCUGUAUCUGCAGCAUACACACGCGGACACGGCUAUAGAUUACCGGCAUUGGAGUAUAGCGUUGAGCAGGCGUUUCCGUUCAUUAAAGCUUUGGUUCGUAAUGAGGAGUUACGGGAUAUCCGGGCUGCAAGCCUACAUCCGAAAUCACGUCAAACUCGCUAAAAGAUUCGAGGCAUGCGUUAACAAGGAUUCUAGAUUCGAAGUUUGCAAUGACGUUGUGCUGGGCUUGGUGUGCUUUCGCGCUAUAGGCAGCGAUGAAUUAAAUCAGAAACUAUUGAGCACUAUCAACGACUCAGGAAAGAUACACAUGAUCCCGGCGCGAGUGAAUCAGCGUUAUACAAUACGUUUCGCGCUCGCUGCACCUAAUGCAACUGCCAGAGAUGUUGACAUGGCGUGGAACAUUAUAACGAACUACCUAAGCGAAUUAUUAGAAUCCAAUGACGUAAUGGAUGAGCUAGCGGACAUUCUCGAGAAGAAGAGAAAGGCCACCUUGGCGCAAAGGAGAUCUUUCUUCGUGCGCAUGGUGUCUGAUCCUGCGAUUCAGCCAGGAUUCACAAAGACUCCGAACAGGACGGGCGCCAAGCUCGACACGCAGGCAACGAUCGGCGGUAUCGGAUCAACUCAAUCCGGAGCGAAAUCCUGGAUAUCCUGGCCACUUGCUUAUUUCAUGCGGCCGAAAGAAGCUGCUGAUACAAGUGAAUUAUCGUUCAGAUUCCGCAACUUGGAUACCAUGGUGCGCUUGAACACCGGAAGUCGCCGCGGUAGCAGUAACGGAUGCAGCCCGGAUCCGUCCCCGUCUGCUUCGCCCUCGCGAGGCAGAUCGCCCAACGGCCGCGCGUAAUCGCAUUACAUCGAUCUUUCCUUUCUUCGUGCAAUCUUUCCGAGGAGUCCUCCAAGCGUAUAACAAUCGCAACGGAUGGCUCUUAAUUUGUGCUCCAAAACGUGCCCCGUUGUGUGCUCCAAGAAGACGGAGAAAAAAUCAGCUAGUUACAAGUUUACAUCGGGAACUGAUACUGCCGACAAUCUCGAUAUUAAAGCCCACCUUAGACCACGUAUAUAAUUUGGAACAGAGAGAAAUAAUUCUGUAUAUUUGUAAAUCUAAUAUGUCUGAUAUAAUUUCACGUGUCAAAUUGCAAAUAUAAUUAUAGAUAAGAGAAAAAAUCUCAUGUCAAAUCUCGAAUUAUAAUUAUAUAAAGGUACAUUGCUUGAACUUUGCAAAAAUUGUUUAGGUCUUUAUGUCAUAUCAUCAUAUUACAUAUUUUCGGCGUCAAAAUAUUGCUGUCGCAAAACAAUUAAACCUUUAAGUCGUGAAUUAUGAUUAUUAAGUCUGUCACACACCAGUUUUACUUAUAUAUAUAUCUUAACAUGCUCCAAUUUUAUUAGCAACCCAGGUAGCACAUAUACUCGUUUCAGAAAUGUUUAUUACCGAUUUCUAGAAACGUUUCUCAUGAGUAAAAAUGUCCAUUCGAAAAACGUACGAUGGAACGUUUUUUUCCGAUAAAAUAACAUUUAAAAAACUAUUAUAGAAACGUUUUAUUUUAAUGCAUAAAACUUGUAGAACAUUCUCACGUGUGUCUCAAAGACGUCAUAAACACGUUCAAAAGACGUGAAAAGUAGAAAUUUUAAAUGUUUUUAUCUAACAAUGCAUGUCUUUAUCAUUAAAACAAAAUGUUUCUGUAAUAAUUUUUAAACGUUAUUAUAUCGGAAAAGAAACGUUCCAUCGAACGUUUUUCGAAUGGGCAUUUUUACUCAUGAGAAACGUUUCUAGAAAUCGGUUAUAAAACAUUUCUGAAACGUGUACGUGCUACCUGGGUAUAUGUCUAUCAUGGUCUCUGUAUUAUGAGAUGUACAGAAUAAUAUACGUAUAUAGAAUUUUGCUCCGUAGAUUCUGUCACGAAUUACAGACUGUCUAAAAUGGGCUUGAACGGAGAACAAACUUUGCAUUAAAUUGCUCACCAAGGGAUAGAAUCAAUGAGAUGUCGCCGAAAUUGCCCCGUGGUAUGUUUCACUCGAUAAGAAAUUAAAUACGUUUCAGUCUCAA